UAUUUCUUUAAACUGAGUCUUAGUUGUCUUUAAUCCCCAUAAGUUAAUCAGCAAGGCACGCUAAUCAUCGAAGUCCAUUGAUAGAGAACUGAAAGCUGUUUUCGAAGGGGACAAGAGGGAAAUGUGGGGGUUUGGAGGUAGAUAUUACUGGGGGAGAAGGGAAAUGGAAAGAGAAGGGAUAGUGGUAGUUUUUGCUUGGAUGUCUAGUAAAAAAAGACAUGUGAAAAGCUAUGUUGACCUUUAUGGGUCUCUUGGUUGGAAUUCCCUUGUCUGUCACUCUCAAUUUCUCAAUAUGUUCUUUCCUGAGAAGGCUGAAACUUUAGCAUUUGACAUCCUUAAUGAACUUCUUGAGGAGCUAAAGAUAAGGUCAUACCCUAUAGUCUUUGUGCCCUUUUCUGGUGGUCCCAAAGCUUGCUUGUACAAGGUUCUCCAGAUCAUUGAGGGAAAGUGUGAAGUACAACUGAAUCCGGAUGACAGUCAGCUGGUCAGAGACUGUAUUUCAGGCCACAUCUAUGAUUCUAGUCCAGUGGAUUUUACGAGUGAUCUGGGGAGACAAUUUGUUGUUCACCCAUCUGUUCUUAAAAUGUCUCGUCCUCCAAGAAUACUAUCUUGGAUGGCAAAUGGAAUUAGUAGCAGUCUUGAUACUCUCUUCCUGAACAGAUUUGAAUCACAGCGUGCUGAGUAUUGGCAGACUCUGUAUUCCUCUGUUAGCAUGGGAGGGCCAUAUCUAAUUUUGUGUUCAGAGAAUGAUGGUCUUGCUCCGUAUCAAGUCAUUUGCAAUUUUGCUCAUAGACUAAAAGAACUGGGUGGUGAUGUAAAGCUUGUGAAAAUGAAUGGCUCACCUCAUGUAGGUCAUUAUCGACUUUAUCCUGUUGACUACAAGGCUUCUGUGACUGAGCUCCUUUGUAAGGCAGCUGCAAUUUUUUCCCAGAGAAUUCAACGACUUGAAGGAGAAAAGAUGGGUUUCGAAGGGACACAUGAUCAGAUCUCUGAGCCAAUUAGGGACCUGAGGAAAGCAGCUGUCAAUCCUCACCAUAGUUUUCAUGGAGUUACUAUUGCACCAAGUGAUCAUUUCUUUAUGCCAAGCUCAGUUGAGUAUUACGAGGGUAGAGAUUUUGAGUCCUUGCAAGAUGAACAAGAGGAAAGAUUAGUUCAUUUGCGAAGCUCUCCAACUAUCAAUCCAAAUGGAGUUCUUAGUCAAAUCCUUUUCGAUGCGUGUGUUCCCAAGAAUGUUGAAGGUUGGGAUUUCAGGUCAUCAGCUUCCUUGAACGGGCACCCACUUAAUCCCUCGCGAAGGCAUGCUCCAUUUAAUCCAAUGAAAUGUAUACGCCGUUCAAGACUGUAACAGUCAUCACUGACAACCUGGAGGCAAGAUCAUUCGUGUGAGCAUGCGAGAUUCAAAUUUGCUGUGAAGCCUUGGCUUUGAGGUUUCCUAAGAGGCAACACUUCAUCCAAAGAGAAUAAACGUGAGAGCCAGGGGGUGUGAGCUUGAAAGUGUAGCAUCUGUGGAAUUUCCCUGUCACCUGACGAAGUGUACAGUAAUUUUACUUGCUGCGCUUAAAUUUAAUACUAAGCUCUUUAGUUACAGCUUGGUCCACCAACUCAUGCCAUGUCAGCAAAAAGAUUUUCUUCCUUCUCUUUUCAUCCUUCUUGUAAAGGAAAAAAUCCUCCAGAAAGCACAACCCACAGCCAUCCCUCCCUCUCUCUUUACAAAACAGUUCAUCUCCCUCUCUAAAAAAGAGACCCAGAAAAAUCACAGCCCACACAGCACCACCCUCCUCCCUCUCCAAGACUGCUGGGAAUUUUAAAGGAAAAUCUGCAAGUCUAUUGGUAGUAUUUCUCCUGAAAAUCCAAACCAAAACUCCAAAAUCUAAGAUUGCUGGAAGUUUUAAGGGAAAAUCCGGAGACCAAGUUUCAUGGAACAAAUUUAUGUCUUCAAUUUGUAGUGAAGCACUUUUUCUAGUUAUCUCCAUCUUGUAAUUUGCUUGACAUUGACGCUACCUCAUUCUUCGUUUUCAAUGAAAUUCAAGAAUCCUGCGUUGGUUACAA